GCCGCAUUGCAGAAAUUUGUAUAACAGUCAGCUCAGCCUCCGCAAGGACUGAAAAGAGAACUGAGUGGGUUCUCUUGGGUUUUACUUACCUGGAUGAGCCCAUCCUCUGUAGAAGAGGAGGCAAGAGCAAAACCAGAUUGUUGUGACUAAGGAAAACUGCAAAAAUGGGAUUAAAGAAAUCAAAACCACAGCCCAUACCAGACUUUGAAAGACCAUGGAGGGUCAUGGACUGGAACGAAAAGGAACACUUGGAAGCCAAGUUAAGAAACAUUCAGCUGAACCAUCCAGAGCUCCGAUGUGUCCGAAUCCUGCUGCAUGGACCAGUAGGAGCAGGAAAAUCCUGCUUCAUAAACUCAGUGCAAAGCGUCUUCCAUGGAGAGAUUAAAACCAAAGCGUUUGAACAAGCAAAUGCCAAAAAAAGCUGCACAAAAACAUACAAAGCCUACACUAUUACCAACAGAAAUCAUGAGACUCUGCCAUUUGUCCUUAAUGACAUUAUGGGUCUGGAACAAAACGACGAAGAUGGAAUUCAUCCUGACGAUGUUGUUAAUGCAUUGCUUGGCCACAUAAAAGAUGGCUACAAGUUUAAUCCUGUUUCUCCCCUGAGUGAAGAAGAUCCAGGCUACAUCAGAGAACCUAGGCUGAAGGACAAAGUUCACUGUCUAGUGAGUGUUGUGCCUGCAAGCUCCAUUUCACGAAUGGACAUUGGCGUCAUCAAAAAGAUGGAAGUCGUUAGGAAGAAAGCCAUGAGCCUGGGCAUCCCUCAUGUGAUUGUUAUGACGAAGGUCGACGACGACGUCUGUCCCCUGGUUAACAGAGAUCUAAAUCAGAUCUACAGAAGCAGGAAAAUCAAAGAAAAGAUGCAGAUCUGCAGCAACACACUUGGUCCACCCAUGAAGUGCAUCUUCCCUGUGAGCAACUAUCACGAGGAAAAUAACAUGAACAACACCAAAGAUGUUCUCGUCCUAACAGCAUUACUGCAGAUUGUAAAAUUUGCUAAGGAUUAUGUUGAACAAUACCACACAACCCAUGAGUAAGACAUUCACCAAGCAUUCACUCUUUAGUAAGGAUUUACCAGGUAAUCCUUGUUAGUAGUUAACUGAUUCUGAUUUUCUGCAUGCUCAAAUAAAGUUUGAGCUUCUUUGAACAAAGGGGAUUGAACAAUUGUGCAUUCAGCCUAUAUUACUAUUGAUGGUUUUAACACAUAAACAAUGAUAUAUAGUAAAUCUUGAUUAACCACAUUAACUUGCAUAGUUAUUUUUCCACUUUGCUGAAAAACUUUUCAGUGUUUCACACGCCAAGUUACUGAUAUUGCUGCCUCAGUGCUGUGUUGUAAACUUGUAAACUUUGGUUUAAUUGUCAAUACAGUGCACAGUAUGUA